AUGGCUGAACAAAGGCAACGUGCUUUGUCAACGUCAGGGGAAGCAUUAUAUGGAAUCCUGGCCCUAGAGAAGGGAGCAACACAUGAUGAGAUUAAGAAGUCCUACAGAAAAUUGGCUCUGAAAUAUCAUCCUGACAAGAACCCUGACAAUCCAGAGGCUGCAGAAAAAUUUAAAGAGAUAAACAAUGCUCAUGCAACACUGACUGAUCUGUCCAAGCGAAACAUAUACGACAAGUAUGGAUCCUUAGGGCUCUAUGUGGCAGAACAGUUUGGUGAGGAAAAUGUUAACACAUACUUCAUGCUCUCAAGCUGGUGGGCAAAGGGCUUGUUUGCAGUCUGCGGCCUCCUGACGGGCUGCUACCUCUGCUGCUGCCUCUGCUGCUGUUUCAACUGCUGCUGCGGAAAGUGCAAACCCAAAGCACCUGAAGGGGAAGAGUAUGAGUUCUGUGUGUCUCCGGAAGAUUUGGAAGAGCAAAUUAAGAAUGACAUGGAAAGAGAUGGAGAAACUCCUAUUGUGCUUCAGCCGACAAACGCAACCGAGAAGACGCAGCUCAUAGGGGACAGCCACCGGAGCUACCGCACGGACUCCUAGAGCGGGCAAACACGGCCUGAGGGUGCCUCCCAGUGAGUGUCACGGCAAGGAAGAACACGUGGAAAGCUCUGCAGUCUGUAUUUGUAGUUGUCUCUAAGCUAAUCAAGACUAACCUGAGAGUAAUUUCCUGUUGAGGCAGAAUCUCUCUUUAGGCCACUUCAUGUAGGUUCACAUCUGCACUCUACAAGGAGAUGCCUACAGCCAGUACAGAGCUCUCGCUGCUUCAAGCUGCCCUGCUUGGCGUGGUCUUUCCUCUGCAAUACUCUCUUUGGUGUGAUGGCUCUUAUCCCCUGUCCUCAGCUGGGGUUUCACCUCCCAGACAUGGUCCUGAGGCCCUCUCUGGACACACCAGCUCCUUUUCUCCAUGCCCCAGGGAAGAUUUCCCUCAAAGAGAAGGUCAGUGGCAAGGCAGCUCUGGCUGUUCUUCCCAAGGAGGAAAGCAGCUAGCACCUUGCUGGUGCCCAGCCCCAGAAAUUGUAAAUCUGAGCCAGGGUGAGGUGCUCUAGGGUCACUGUGGUGGUGUUGACAAGACAGAUGACUCCAAAUCUAGGAGCUUCAUCCGGCACCAGAUACACACGCAGGCUCUGUGUACUCCUGCACACACACAGGACAGUGCCUGUACCAGCUGCAAACACCCCAUGGAGGGGGUUGCUGGCCCUGGGCUGUCCCAGAGCUGCUCUCCUCUCCCUGCCACCACCACAAAGCUCCCCCAUUCCUCCAUGGAUGGGUCUGCCGUCCAUGCCGGGCAGCCCCAACUUUUCCAUCUGCAGCUGCAGUGUGCUGGGAGUUGAUCCCCAGCCAACAGCCUUCUGCCAGAUCUCUUACUCCACAGUGCCCCUGGCCGCCGUCCCCACCACCCCGCUGGCACCGGGACGGCAUCCAUCACUUCCACACCGCCUUGCGGGGCAGCAAGGACUUGGCAGGGCAGGGAGGCAGCAGAGGAGUGAGCAUCUUCCCCACAGUCCUCGUCCUCAGAUGAGCCUGGGUCCUCCCCUCGGCCCCAGGCUUUAAGAGCAUGUUGCGUGGCUUUAAAUAAAGAGGUAGGGAUGAGAAGCAUGCUGACAAUUAUAUCCCCAAACACACAAAAUGCUCAGUUUUGAGCAAAACCACAGUGCUUGUGUAUUUCUGAAAAAUGAACCAGGUGUACCGCUUCACAGAUCAGUGGAGUUAUGUGUGGGUACAGCUAAAGCAAGCAUAAAGAAGUUAGGCCCCGAAUUUGUAAGAGAUAAAGAAGUAACUCUGGGAUCUUAAACUUAGCACUUGUCUCAUUUGACAGAGUAGUUUAAGCCUUAGACAGAUGAAUUUCACUCUAUUGAUCAUGUUACAUCAAUCACUGUCAGUUCUGUACAUUUGCUAUUUUUGUUCCUCUAAUCACAGUGCUGCAGUCCAAAGGGGGAAGUAAUGUACCACUGAAUUACAGAGACUGGUGAAUGUGUAGCUAGUCAAAAGUCUUAUUCUCUUCUUUAAAAUUGGAUUCUGUGGUUGUGAAACAUUAUUGUUUUCCUUCCAUUCUCACCUUUCACUUCAAAUGUCAUUUAGUGGCAGCUAAAUAUAUGGGAAAAGAGUGUGUUUCAUAGCACCAGCUAUCGCUCCGAAGUCAAGAAAUACUACUUUGAACAUUUCUUUAAAGUUCCCACAACACAUGGAUAUUUUAAAAGCCAUUUAUUCUAGUUCAGAUUAUCUACCUGUUCUCCAAGCGCAGGCACUGGGGACAGCUGACGCUCACAUUGUCCUCAGAAACAGUCCUGGGUUUUUUUUUGCUGCAGAGAGGAGGGGAAGUCCCAGCGCAACUAGGGCUGUGUGUGGGCAGAGAGCAGUUAUCCCCUCCUACCCAUGGGCUGCAGAUGAGGUCCCCAUGGAGGGGUCACUCAUAUGUGCACAAAUCCAGACCGCUGCCCCGCCCGCCCAGCUGGCACUGGGGGGAUGAGCCCAUUCCUGUGGUCCCACGGCCAGGCUGGUGACAACAUCCCGUGGCGGAGGAGAUGUGACCCCAGACGGCAGACAAGUGCCACAAACCUUCCCGCUGGGCAGCCAGACCUGACCACGUGUGCGUCGGGGCACCAGCGCCGUGCACUGGCGGUAGUUUUGUGGGCCCAUGGGGAACAGGCAGUGAGACAUCAGCACCCUAAUGUACUCAUACACACACACACACUUUGUCCUUCUUCGCUGUUCCCUUGUGCACAGCACGUGCUCUGCUGUAAGCCAUCGCCACAGGAACAGAGGGAGCACAUAGUGAGUACGUCGUAAGCAUGAAAGUUAAGUGAUUUCCUAAGUUUUACUCUCUGAUAAAGAAAUUUGCUUUGAAAACGUGUGAAUGCGAUGUAGUGACUAUUUCCAGCAGAGAGAUGGGAAUUUCAUCCAGCCUUAAGUCUAGCUUAAAGCUACAUGUUAUAUAAGAAAUCCUUCUACAUGUGACGUCCCUCAUCCUGCUCCCAGGGAAGGUCCCUUGAUUUCACUGACAGCUGCAGAUCAGGCCUGAAACUAGGAAGGGAGAGUUAAAUCCUAGAUCAGUAAAACCAUUUUGGUAAUUUUAUUCACACGCAACACCUUCAGUGUCCCUCAGGACCCGUGUAUGAGCCAGAUCCAAGGUUUACUGAAAUCAAGGAAGUGAUUUCCAUCGGCUGGAGAUGUACCGUAAGUCAUGUGGUUCUUAUUCACUCUUUCUAAAUGAGAGAUUUUCCUUGGGAAAGAUUCAUGACUCGAUCUUGCGGGGUGAUGCAAAUAAGGACAAGCUGCCACACGCUUGUAAAGCCCUUUUACUGACAUGGGGAUCUCUACAGAGGAACCACCAUGUAUUAUCUCAGUCAGCCAAAAACCCCCAAACAAACCAAUGACCAAGCCUUUGAGUGGGUUCUCCAGGAUUUACAGCUUAAAAAUCUGUGUGUCUGAACCCACAGUUUGAUUCCAAAGAGGCAACUUGGUUUUCAGGGUACCAGAACAUUUGCCUCUCUCACCAUCAUCAGGAUUGGCUGAUUUGAGAAAGGAUGAAUAAGGAUUUCAGGACUUAGCUCUUCCAUGUGAUUUUAUUGUUUGUUUUGCUUUUCGAAAAAGUUGCUAAAGUGAACACAGCAGUGCUUAUAUGACCUGUUUCUAUGUAAGGUUCAGUCACACACCCAUUAAUCUUCUCAUAAUGUACAGUUGCUCAGACUUUGUUCUAUUUUGCUGCAUUUGUUUAAGAUGUAAAUUACCGUACAUUCCAAGGUACAUUUACCAUCAAGCACUCUGACUAAUAAAGCCUGCAUGUAC